CGUGGACCUUGGAGUAUUGGCGGCAGAGAGCAGCACGCCUCGCUGAUAAUAAGCGAGCCGGCGUGGACCUUGGAUUGGAGUGCCACUUCAGCCGUUCACCGUUUGUGAUGCACUGUUUUCGUUAGCCGUGUCUCGAUUUCGUUCAGGCCAGCCACCGGUACCGUCUCGUGUGCGACACUGCCUUCACGGCUCGCCGCAGCUAGCGCAGCCCACAGGCGACACUAGUCAUGGACGUGGAAGCAGCGCGCAAGGACGACUUGACGCCGCCAACGCCGCCAACACCACGCCGCGGCAAGGGCAAGGUGAUGCACCGCCUCCUGGUGGCGCUCAACUGCGGGAUGCUGGCAUUGGGCACCACGGCGGGGCCGCUCCUCGUCCGCCUCUACUACGACAAGGGCGGCCAACGGGAGUGGCUGUCCGCGUGCCUCCAGUCCGUCGGCUGGCCACUCCUUCUGAUCCCCGUGGCGGCUUCCUACGCCGCGCGCCGCGCCCGCGACAAGCGGGGCGGCCCCGUCCCCGUCCUGCUCACGCCGCCGCGCGUGCUGCUGGCCGCCGCGGGCCUCGGCGUCGCCACGGGCGCCGACAACUACAUCUACGCCUACAGCCUCCGGUACCUCCCCGUCUCCACCUCCGCGAUCCUCAUCUCGACGCAGCUCGCCUUCACGGUGCUCUUCGCGUUCCUCAUCGUGCGGCAGCGGCUGACGCCCGCCACGGUGAACGCCGUCGCGCUGCUGACCGUGGGCGCCGCCGUGCUGGGCCUGCACGUCUCGUCCGACCGCCCCAGGGGCGUCGCCAGAGCCAAGUACCUGCUGGGCUUCGCGCUGGCGCUCGGCGCCGCGGCGCUCUACGGCCUCAUCCUGCCGCUGGUCGAGCUCGCGUACAGGCGCGCGGCGGCAGCAGGCGGCGGCCGCGCGGUCACGUACGCGCUGGUGAUGGAGAUGCAGCUGGUGAUGGGGUUCUUCGCCACCGCGUUCUGCACCGUCGGCAUGACCAUCGACAAGGACUUCCAGGUGUGUGUGCCUUAUGUACAUUUGCUUGUCGCCUACGUGUCACUUCUAGACUCACCAUGCGAGUUGGUCGCCGCAUGUCUUGAAAGGCCAUAA